AUGAGCAACCCAACUGCACAACAAAGCAAGAUGACAACCUCGUCCACAAUCCUGAACGAGGCUGUAGAGUUGGCUACUGUGACAAUUUCAUCAAGAAUACCAGAAUUUUGGUGUGAUCAGCCAAGAUUAUGGUUUGUGCAGUGUGAAGCUAUUUUAGGUCCACAAAAACUCAGCGACGAAGCUAGAUUCAAUCUUGUUGUGGCAAAACUUGGCAAAGACGUUAUCCAGCAGGUUAGCGACAUUUUGUUGAAGCCUCCAGAAAACAAAAAGUUUGAAACGCUCAAGGCUCGUUUGUUGGUGGCCUACGAAGAAUCGGAAAACAGACAAUUUCAAAAACUUCUCUCAGAAAUGCAACUCGGAGACCAGAAACCCUCACAGCUUUUAAGGCGCAUGAAAGAUCUGGCGCGAGGCAAAAUUCCGGACGAAACACUAAUAAUCAUGUGGCAAGGUCACUUACCAUCGGCGGUACGAGCAGUGUUAGCGGUCAGCGAGAUGAAAGAUUUGGAGAAAUUGGCGGCGGUAGCAGAUAAGAUAAUGGAAACUACAAGACCUUUAAACGAUAUAGCGGAGAUACAAGCAACGACUUCUAAGAGCAAGGUCAAGGUUUAG